AAGAAAAAAAAUAAAGACGAAGCGAGGACAGAAUGAUCAGCAAUUACUGAUGACUUCUUUCGUGCACAAAUUGCAAUUUCCAAAACUUUCUUUCACAUUUUAGGAGACAUUUAGGAAUCAGACAGCAUGAAAGACUGGCACUACAUACCCACUCAAAGAGUGACCUGCCCCUCACCAGACUGCCCGUCCUUUAAGAUGUCCCAGUCCACUGUUGCAGAAGAAGGAGGCACUUUAGAGCAUCUGUGGAGCUCCCUGGAGCCAGACAGCACCUAUUUCGAGCUCCCUCCAAACAGCCAGCGCGGUGAUCAUUCAGUGCCCUCGACGAGCACCCCGGGGAACCACCGCAACUGUGCCGAGGUCUACAUGGACGUCUUUCACAUGAGAGACAUGAACGACAACGUGAUGUCCCAGUACAACUUGCUGAGCAGCAGCAUGGACAGCCUGGGGAGCCGCGCGACGUCCGCCAGCCCCUACAGCUCCGAGAACACCUCUUCGUCGGCCGUGCCCACCCCCUCGCCUUACUCCCAGCCCAACUCCACUUUUGAGGGCCUGUCUCCCGCACCRGCCAUCCCCUCCAACACCGACUACCCUGGGCCUCACGCCUUCCAGGUGUCCUUCCAGCAGUCCAGCACCGCCAAAUCAGCCACAUGGACUUAUUCUCCUUUGCUGAAGAAGCUUUACUGUCAGAUUGCCAAAACCUGCCCGAUCCAGAUCAAGCUGUCCUCCUCUCCGCCUCAUGGCAGCAUCAUCAGAGCCAUGCCGGUUUACAAAAAGGCAGAGCACGUCACAGAGGUGGUCAAACGGUGCCCCAAUCAUGAGCUUGGGCGGGACUUUAAUGAUGGUCAAACAGCUCCAGCCAGUCACCUGAUCAGAGUCGAGGGGAACAACCUGAAUCAGUAUGUGGACGAUCCUGUCACUGGCAGGCAGAGUGUCAUUGUGCCCUAUGAGGCUCCACAGGUUGGAACUGAGUUCACCACCAUCCUUUACAAUUUUAUGUGCAACAGCAGCUGUGUGGGAGGCAUGAACAGGAGACCCAUCCUCAUCAUCAUUACUCUGGAAACCAGAGAUGGCCAAGUGUUGGGCAGACGGUCAUUUGAGGGUCGGAUAUGUGCGUGUCCUGGUCGAGACCGCAAAGCUGACGAGGAUCAUUUCAGGGAACAGCAGGCUCUGAACGAAUGCGUGUCCAAAAACGGCAGUGCCAACAAGCGCAACUUCAAACAGAGUCCACCAAGUAUUCCCACUCCGAAUAUUAACAUAAGGAAGAGACGGCAUGGAGAAGAAGAGAUUUAUUAUAUUCCUGUCCGUGGUCGGGAAAACUUUGAGCUGCUGAUGAAGAUUAAAGACAGCUUGGAGUUGGUGGAACUGGUGCCUCAGCCUCUGGUGGACUCUUACAGACAACAAACACAGCAACAGCUUCUGCAGAGACCGAGUCAUAUAUCAUCUCCUUCCUCCUAUUCCCCCCUGUCCAACAUGAACAAGAUGCAUCCGCACUCACACAGCAGCCUCGGCAAGCCCCAGCCAGUCAACCAGAUGGUGGGGCAGCAGCCCCAGCAACAUCCCAACGCCAACCCCUCCCUCGCUCAUAUGGGUUCAAACAUGCUCAACAGCAACCACAUGCAGGGUAACGGUGACAUGAACAGUGGCCACAGCAGUCAGAAUUUAGUGUCUGCUUCCCACUGCAGCUCGCCACCUUAUAACCCUGACCCCAGCCUUGUCAGUUUUCUCACCAGUCUGGGCUGUCAGAACUUCAUUGAGUACUUCGCCUCWCAAGGCCUCCAGUCUGUCUACCAUCUCCAAACUCUCUCCAUGGAGGAUUUAGGUGCCCUGAAGAUACCGGAGCAGACCCGUAUUGCCAUCUGGCGAGGUCUGCAGGACAUGAAACAAGGCGCCCCCCUCCAGCUUCCCAACUCCUCUCACCACCACGAGUAUCACGGCCAGCAGCUGCUCCGCUCCGGYGGCAACAUGGCCGCCUCCGCCAUGGCGGCCAUCGGGGCCGCGGGCGGGGAACUGCAGCGUCAGCGGGUCAUGGAGGCCGUGCACUUCCGUGUCCGCCACACCAUCACCAUCCCCAACAGGCCUGGUGUUGUCGGGACCUCUGGGAUGGCAGCGGCUGCCGACGAGUGGGCUGACUUUGGUUUCGACAUGCCUGAUUGCAAAGUGUCGCAUAGCAAGCAUUCCAUCAAGGAGGAGUUCAUGGAGAGCGAUGUUCACUGAGAGCAAAAACAUUCAUCUGACCGCCUUUUUUUUUAAAUGUCAGCAUCAUAGCACUAGUUUCUAAAAUCUUUCAUGGUGAUUGUUGAUCAUGUUUUUAUGAUCAGCUCAGUGAUUUUUCCAGAGAAUCGGCUUCCACUUUGAAAUACUUUGUUUUUCCUUUGACUGUUGUAAAUUACACCUGGAAACAAUUAGGCAGAAACAUCUCUGAUAAUAAUUUAUGCCAUUUGAACAAAACUUACGGAAAAACUGAUAAGUGCAGAAAAAUGUUGACAGGAAACUCUGUGAACUAGUAUGAAACAGUAGUAAUAUUUUCAUGAUAAUAUUCAUAAUGUAUACAAAUGCCUAGUUUGGGUUUAAUUUUUGGAUAAAAAAAACAUGUUCUCAGUUAACUUAUUUAUUUAUCCAUUUUUCUGUACUUGUACAAAUGUAUAUAUUGUAUCUUGUAAAUGUUUUGGACUAGAUGUGUUUGAAAAUGAGUAUUUAGGUUGUGUCCUUAAUGCAAAACUCCUGUUUGAACCAAAUGUUUUUACUGAUAAAGUUCGGCAUGUUUUUAUCAUUGUAUGGUUAAACUUAGUUUUAUGUGCUUCAGCAUUAUUAGUACGUCAGGAAUUUGGUAUUACUUCUACUUUUUAUAAGUUUUAGAAAGUAUGGUAUUCUUUUUUGUACAGUAACACAAAAAAAAUGAACAGUAUUAAAAUGUAAAAGCAAGGAUUUUCUUAAGAAGUCAAUGAUAAUUUAACAUUAACAGUUAUGUUUGUCCAGAAACAUUUCCUGAAAAUUUGAAGCCCUUGCAGGGCAAGGUCCUCAUGUGUUGAUUAGAGCUGCAAUACCGUGCAAAAGUUUCAGGUCAUCUAUAAUUUCUUUGUAUUUGCUUCCGAAGAGUAAAGAUUCUUUGUGAUGUAAA